AACUCAUCCGAUUUCAUUUUCGGACCAGAUAGAGAAAAAAGACAAGUAGAAAGAAAUGUAAGGAUGAAGAAUUAACGACGAAUUUUUCCGGCGAGUGACAGUACACGUGCAGCGUUUUCGGAAAAUUUAAGGCCAGAUCAAUUCGAGAAGGGAAAAUCGCAAGAUUUUAUAGAAACCCGAGCUGGAUGUAGAGUGAAAUGGCAAGAUAAUGGGAACAUCAGAUAGAACAUGUUCAUUAUCACUCAUAGCGUCAUUGUGUGAAGAUCGGAGAUCUUCAAAGGAUAAUGUGUUCUCCUUACUUUCCCCUGCAGGUUGCAAAGAUGAGGGAUAUAGGAGAACUGCUAGAGAAAAGAGGAGAGAAAAACAUUGGGCUAUCAGAAUUUGUAGGAAUACCGUUGUAAACAGCUCCUUGACAGAACUGCAUAAUAGCCACCGUCGGAUGCAGUGGUUGUUGGUUGAGACAAUCCAAGAGUUGAUCCACAUAUGAGCUCCAUAAUGUGCAGGAUAUUUUCUCACCACUAAAUGUAGAGUUUGGCGGUUGAUCAACAUGCAGUAACCCAAUAACAUCUAAAAUGACAUAAGGCAGGUUUGUCAUUAUUAAGACUUGUUUUUUCAAAGGAUAAUAUUGUGAUAAAUUGAAUGAUAGACACUUACCAAACAUGGGUCGAUACUGAAUAUCUUUGGCUGCAUUGAGGGCUUUAAAAUUUUCAAACUUGAACAUUAUGUCAGGGAAAUCUUCAUCGUUGACAUGUGUUAUCACUGUGUCUUUAACAAAUGACAGUUUGUAUAGAUGGUCAGUCAAAUUUUGAGUAUUCUUUGACACAAUGGGAUUCUCUAUUCCAUGCACUUGUCCCUCUUUUAAUAGAGGCUUGAAGUCUGG